CACCGCCCCUUCCCCCGCGCCGGCUUUCGCCUCCGCGGUCCCCGGUGCGCCUCCACGCCUCGGCCCCGGCGCGCAAGCUUUCCGGCCGUCCGCGGUCCAGGCAGCGUGUGCUCCUUUUCCUCCGCCCGCGGUUUCCAGCACCGUUCCUUCCCCGUUGGGGAGGGGGGAUUGAUCUUCGAUCGCGAAGAUGGCUGCUGGCUGCCUGCUGGCCUUGACUCUGACACUUUUCCAAUCUUUGCUGAUCGGCCCCUCGUCGGAGGAGCCGUUCCCUUCACCCGUCACUAUCAAGUCAUGGGUGGAUAAGAUGCAAGAAGACCUUGUCACUCUGGCCAAAACAGCUAGUGGAGUCAACCAGCUUGUUGAUAUUUAUGAGAAAUACCAAGAUUUGUAUACUGUGGAACCAAACAAUGCACGGCAGCUGGUGGAAAUCGCAGCUGGGGAUAUUGAGAAACUUCUAAGUAACCGAUCGAAAGCCUUGGUGCGUCUGGCUUUGGAGGCAGAGAAAGUACAAGCAGCCCACCAGUGGAGGGAAGACUUUGCAAGCAAUGAAGUUGUCUACUACAAUGCAAAGGAUGAUCUUGAUCCUGAAAAGAAUGACAGUGAGCCGGGCAGCCAGAGGAUUAAACCUGUUUUUAUUGAAGAUGCUAAUUUUGGACGACAAAUAUCCUAUCAACAUGCAGCAGUCCACAUUCCUACCGACAUCUAUGAAGGCUCAACAAUUGUGUUAAAUGAACUCAACUGGACAAGUGCCUUAGAUGAAGUUUUCAAAAAAAAUCGAGAGGAAGAUCCUUCAUUGUUGUGGCAGGUGUUUGGUAGUGCCACUGGCCUGGCCCGAUAUUAUCCAGCUUCUCCAUGGGUUGAUAAUAGUAGAACUCCAAACAAGAUUGAUCUUUAUGAUGUACGCAGAAGACCAUGGUAUAUCCAAGGAGCUGCAUCUCCUAAAGAUAUGCUUAUUCUGGUCGAUGUGAGUGGAAGUGUUAGUGGACUGACACUUAAACUGAUCCGAACAUCUGUCUCCGAAAUGUUAGAAACCCUCUCAGAUGAUGAUUUUGUAAAUGUAGCUUCAUUUAACAGCAAUGCUCAGGAUGUAAGCUGUUUUCAGCACCUCGUCCAAGCCAAUGUAAGGAAUAAGAAAGUGUUGAAAGAUGCAGUGAAUAAUAUCACAGCAAAAGGAAUCACAGAUUAUAAGAAGGGUUUUAGUUUUGCUUUUGAACAACUGCUUAAUUAUAAUGUUUCCAGAGCCAAUUGCAAUAAGAUUAUUAUGCUGUUCACUGAUGGAGGAGAAGAGAGAGCACAGGAGAUAUUUGCCAAGUACAAUAAAGACAAAAAAGUGCGUGUAUUUACAUUUUCAGUUGGUCAACAUAAUUAUGACAGAGGUCCUAUUCAGUGGAUGGCCUGUGAAAAUAAAGGUUAUUAUUAUGAAAUUCCUUCUAUUGGAGCAAUAAGAAUCAAUACUCAGGAAUAUUUGGAUGUUCUGGGAAGACCAAUGGUUUUAGCAGGAGACAAAGCUAAACAAGUCCAAUGGACUAAUGUGUAUCUGGAUGCGCUGGAGCUGGGACUUGUCAUUACUGGAACUCUUCCGGUCUUCAACAUUACUGGCCAAUUUGAAAAUAAGACAAACUUAAAGAACCAGCUGAUUCUUGGUGUGAUGGGAGUCGAUGUGUCUUUGGAAGAUAUUAAAAGACUGACACCACGUUUUACAUUGUGCCCCAAUGGCUAUUACUUUGCAAUCGAUCCUAAUGGUUAUGUUUUAUUACACCCAAAUCUUCAGCCAAAGAACCCUAAAUCUCAGGAGCCAGUAACAUUGGAUUUUCUUGAUGCAGAGUUAGAGAAUGAUAUUAAAGUGGAGAUUCGAAAUAAAAUGAUAGAUGGAGAAAGUGGAGAAAAAACAUUCAGAACUCUGGUUAAAUCUCAAGAUGAGAGAUAUAUUGACAAAGGAAACAGGACAUACACAUGGACUCCUGUCAAUGGCACAGAUUACAGUUUGGCCUUGGUAUUACCAACCUACAGUUUUUACUAUAUAAAAGCCAAAAUAGAAGAGACAAUAACUCAGGCCAGAUCAAAAAAGGGCAAACUGAAGGAUUCAGAAACCCUGAAGCCAGAGAAUUUUGAAGAAUCUGGUUAUACAUUCCUAGCUCCAAGAGAUUACUGCAAUGACCUUAAAAUAUCGGAUAAUAACACUGAAUUUCUUUUAAAUUUCAAUGAGUUUAUUGAUAGAAAAACUCCAAACAACCCAUCAUGUAAUACAGAUUUGAUAAAUAGAGUCUUGCUAGAUGCUGGCUUUACAAAUGAACUUGUUCAAAAUUACUGGAGUAAGCAGAGAAAUAUCAAGGGAGUGAAAGCACGGUUUGUUGUGACUGAUGGUGGGAUUACCAGAGUGUAUCCUAAAGAGGCUGGAGAAAAUUGGCAAGAAAACCCAGAGACAUAUGAGGACAGCUUCUAUAAACGGAGCCUAGAUAAUGAUAACUAUGUUUUCACUGCUCCCUACUUUAACAAAAGUGGACCUGGUGCCUAUGAAUCAGGCAUUAUGGUAAGCAAAGCUGUAGAAAUAUAUAUCCAAGGAAAACUUCUUAAACCUGCAGUUGUUGGAAUUAAAAUUGAUGUGAAUUCCUGGAUAGAGAAUUUCACCAAAACAUCUAUCAGGGAUCCAUGUGCUGGUCCAGUUUGUGACUGUAAAAGGAACAGUGAUGUAAUGGAUUGUGUGAUUCUAGAUGAUGGUGGGUUUCUUUUGAUGGCAAAUCAUGAUGAUUAUACUAACCAGAUUGGAAGAUUUUUUGGAGAGAUUGAUCCAAGUUUGAUGAGACACCUGGUUAAUAUAUCAGUUUAUGCUUUUAACAAAUCUUACGAUUAUCAGUCUGUGUGUGAGCCUGGUGCCGCACCAAAGCAAGGAGCAGGGCAUCGCUCAGCAUACGUGCCAUCAAUAGCAGACAUAGUACAGAUUGGCUGGUGGGCUACCGCUGCUGCCUGGUCCAUUCUACAGCAAUUUCUUUUGAGUUUGACAUUUCCUCGACUCCUUGAGGCAGUUGAGAUGGAGGAUGAUGACUUUACGGCCUCCCUUUCAAAGCAAAGCUGCAUUACUGAACAAACUCAGUAUUUCUUCGAUAACGAUAGUAAAUCUUUCGGUGGUGUACUGGACUGUGGAAACUGUUCCAGAAUCUUUCAUGUAGAAAAGCUUAUGAACACCAACUUAGUAUUCAUAAUGGUUGAGAGCAAAGGGACAUGUCCCUGUGACACGCGACUGCUCAUACAAGCGGAGCAGACUUCUGAUGGUCCCGAUCCCUGUGAUAUGGUUAAGCAACCCAGAUACCGAAAAGGGCCUGAUGUCUGCUUUGAUAAUAAUGUUUUGGAGGAUUAUACCGACUGUGGUGGUGUUUCUGGGUUAAAUCCCUCCCUGUGGUCUAUCUUUGGAAUCCAGUGUAUACUCCUUUGGCUGGUAUCUGGAAGCAGACACUGCCUGUUAUGACCUUCCAAAACCGAAUCUCCAUAAUUAAACUCCAGACCCUGCCAAACAUGAGCCCUCAGUUAUAUUAAGAUAGGGUCAACUGUCGAAUCAACAGAACAUUAGCUGGGCCUGUAUCAUGGCAUCAUACUAAGGCACAGACUCAUGAGGCACCCACUGGCUGCAUGUCAGGGUGUCAGAUCCUUCAACUUGUGUGAAUGCUGCAUAAUCUAUGUAUAACAUCAAAGCAAAACCUAUACAUGCCCUAUUGGAAAAGUGGAGAGUUUAUUGUUGUAUUGUUGGUGAUUUCAUGUAAAAGGGCUCCCCGUAUAAUUGUUUAUGAACCAUAAAAAAAGUCAUGAUUUUGACAUGGAAUUUUGACUUGUUGCAAUUUUACCAAGAAAUCUAUAGGGGAAGAAAAAGUUAUUUUUUACCUUUAUUUAUUCUUCUGUUAAAAGUUAAUUUCUGCUUAGAGUAGUUAUUAUUGAAAUACAUAUACAUAUUUGUGGAGAGAGAGAAUAUUGGUCUGAAUUGUUGAAUUAUAAACAAUGGCUCAUUUUCUACAAAAAAAUUUGCCAUGAAAAAAAUGCCUUACAAAGAACGGCUUUUUUGCCAAAAAAUCAAAUACAAUUGAAGACCAAUUAAAUUUUGGUGGAAUAAUGCAUUGCGAGUUUGAAAAUAAUAACUAAGAAUUUAUUAAACUAAAGGUGCUUGAGGGGGAACUUUGAAUAUGUGACAUAUUUCCUCAUAAAUGUAAGCCCUUAAUAAAUGCUUUGAUGUAAUGUCCCUUAUGUUCACAGUACAGUUCUGUAGUGCUAGCCAAGUAUUUAAAAAUGCUCUAAGAAAAGCUUGUUGGGGGGAGGGGAAAAUGUUUUUCUUGUGAUAAUUGAACUUUGGUUACCAAGGGUAUUUUGCAUGAUGCUGCUGCUAUUUUAACUUUUUGGUUUGUUUUUCUCUUACUGUAGAGUGUAGUCCAUUGAAAAGUUAACUGAGUGACAUUAUUGUUAUGUAAGAAUCUGAAUCUUGCAGUAUAAAUGCACUUAAGUCAUCUUUAAAACUGUUGUUAAACUACUCUGAAUAUACUGUGCAAUGUAAAUGCUGAAUGACUGGGUUAGGUAAAUGGUAAAAUGAGAAUUAAUGGAUUUUAUACAGAUUCGUGCUUUUGCCUGAAAACCUAUGUACAGAUAUUUUAAGUACAUAAAUCAGAUUUGACACAUUUAUUUUUUGAAAAGUACAUAUACGUUCUCGAUGAAGAGUCAUCCUAGGUUUCCUCUUUGUUCGUUGGAACAGUGGCACGGACAAUCCAAAAAUGGCUGCUGCUGCUGCUUUUGUCCCUUCAUUCGAAUGGCAUCAUUAAACCAGAUUUCCAUGCAAUUUUGAUGAGGGUUUUACAAUAAUCUGAACAAAUAGGAAACCUUGAAUCUCUAUAUGUAUGCACAUGAAUACUUGAUUGUGAAUAAUAAAAAUUGUUUUUAUACAGCCUCAUUGGUGAAAAUGGUUAGUGUAGUAAAUCAGAUAUUUCAUUAUAGGUUAAUAUGGUAGCAGAAUAUUAUUUAUGCUUUUAAAAAUUAUUUUCAGGAGAUAACAGUAUUUGCAGAAAGGAUAAGAACAAUGAAUGUAUUCACUAGAAAUAGUGAAUAAUUUCACUGAAGCCUGAAAGUAUGAAGAUAUUUUUUAUGAUAAAAAGCAUUUUUCCUUUUUUUGAACAUGCCAAAUAUUGGUGUGUGUAUAUAUGCUGGAAAUUUUAUUAUAUAUUAUUUUUACGUCAAAGUUAUUAGAAAUGUCCAGCAUGCUUUAGUACGUUCCACAUAUCAAAGAUAUAGCCAAUUCUUUAGCAUAGUUUAAGAGCUAUAUUUGUUUAAUUUUUAGCUUUGCAUAUAUUUGUAAUUCCCUCCCAUCACCAAUAUAUCCUAGAUUCCAUUUGUGUACAUUUCCUUACUUAAGAUUUUUUUAAAUUAGGUGGGGAGGGAGAUAUGGAAUCACUUUGCCAACUAUUGUUCUAAGCGUUGACAUCAGUUAUCAUUUCUAACGCAUUGUGAUUUUUGUAGUCCCAUCCAUAACUGGUAUUGACAUUUUAGAAAACACCAAAGUGAUUUAAAAAAAAUGGAACCUCUCAUUUCAGUAAAGAUAUGUCUAAAUCAUGUUGUUUAUUAAUUAAAUAUUUUAAACUUACUGUUAACUUUUGCUAGACUAUUUUAAAUCAUGAAAGUGUUGGGAAGGAGAAAUAAAAUAUAAAUUGUUAGUUUGUGUAUAUAAAUGAAGC